GCGGCUGAGCCGGCGCUCGGGCCAUGGCCCCCACCAGGAACGUGGUCAAGAUCGCCAUUCAGAUGCCGGGGGCCAUCCCACAGCUCAUUCAGCUGGAUCAGGCCAAACCCCUGGCAGCAGUGCUGAAGGAGGUCUGCAGUGUCUGGAACUUGACUGACUACGAACACUACGCCCUGCAGUACGCCGAUGGCCAUCGGAAGUACAUCACUGAGAGUAACCGCUCCGAGAUCAAGAACGGGAGCAUCCUGUCCCUCAGCAUUGCUCCGGACAAAGAGGCUGAGAGUCUUCUGAACGCACUGAAGAGUGGAAGCCGGGAAGUCAAGAGGGAAGCGUUGAGACGCCUGGCCCUGCUGGCUCCCGAUCUGACCUUUGCUGGAGAAGUCAUUAACCAAGAUGGGCUCGAGCACCUGGGGGCCAUCAUUGAGGAUGGGGAUGACCUCGGGGAGGUCCUGGCCCACGGCCUGAGGGCCUUCUCGGAGCUCAUGGAGCAUGGCGUGGUGUCUUGGGAAACGCUCAGUAGGAACUUGGUCAAGAAGGUGGUGUCGUAUGUCAACAUGAACCUGAUGGACGCCUCGGUGCCCCAGCUGGCGCUGGGGCUGCUGGAGAGCCUGGCCCUCAGCAGUCCCCCGCUGGGCCAGCUGGUGAAGCAGGAGGUGCCCUUGGAAAGGCUGCUGGUGCAUCUGCAAGUGCUGAACCAGCCUUUGCAGACCAAAGCCAUGGCCCUGCUGACUGCCCUUCUGCAGAACGCCAGCUUUGCCGAGCGCCAGGUCAUGCUGGAUUACUUAGGGCAGAGGAAUCUUCGCCAGUUCAUCUACAAGAACAUCAUUCACAGCUCAGUCCCGCUGGGGGACGAGAUGGCCCACCAUCUGUAUGUGCUGCAGGUGCUCACGCUGGGGCUUCUGGAGCCGCGGAUGCGCACCCCGCUGGACCCGUAUAACCAGGAGCAGCGGGAGCAGCUGCAGGCCUUGCGCCAGGCAGCCUUCGAGCCAGACGGGGAGUCCCAGAGCGGCGGCCUGAGCGCAGACCGUCGCCGCUCCCUCUGUGCCCGGGAAUUCCGGAAGCUUGGCUUCUCCAACAGCAACCCUGCCCAGGACCUGGAGCGCGCGCCGCCGGGGCUGCUGGCCCUUGACAACAUGCUCUACUUCUCCAGCCAUGCCCCCAGCGCCUACAGCCGGUUUGUGCUGGAGAACAGCAGCCGAGAGGACAAGCACGAGUGUCCCUUUGCCCGAGGCAGCAUUCAGCUGACCCUGCUGCUGUGUGAGCUGCUGCGCAUCGGGGAGCCCUGCUCGGAGACGGCCCAGGACUUCUCUCCGAUGUUCUUCGGGCAGGACAACAGCUUCCAGGAGCUCUUCUGUGUCUGCAUCCAGCUGCUCAAUAAGACCUGGAAGGAGAUGCGGGCUACCCAGGAGGACUUCGACAAGGUCAUGCAGGUGGUCCGGGAGCAGCUGACAAGGACGCUGGCCCUGAAGCCCACCUCCCUGGAGCUGUUCAGGACCAAAGUGAACACCUUGAGCUACAGCGAGGUCCUGAGGCUCCGGCAGACCGAGAGGAUGCACCAGGAGGGCACCAUGGCGCCCCCCGUCCUGGAGCUUCGGGAGAGGCUCAAGCCAGAGCUCCUGGGGCUGAUCCGCCACCAGCGGCUGCUCCGGCUCUGCGAGGGCACGCUCUUCCGGAAGAUCAGCAGCCGCCGGAGGCAGGACAAGGCCUGGUUCUGCUGUCUGUCCCCCAACUACAAGAUGCUGCAGUACGGGGACGUGGAGGAGGGAGCCCCCCAGCCGUCUCCAGAGAGCCUGCCUGACAAGCUCCCUGUGGCCGAGAUGAGGGCCCUGCUGCUGGGCAAGGACUGUCCCCACGUCCGGGAGAAAGGCUCCGGCAAACAGAACAAGGACAUCUGUGAGCUUGCCUUCUCAGUCAGCUAUGACGCGGGGGGGAAGGUGGCCUAUCUCAACUUCAUCGCCCCCUCUAAACGGGACUUCUGCCUGUGGACGGAUGGGCUGAGUGCCCUGCUAGGGUUGGCCAUGGGCAGCGAGCAGAUGCGGAUGGAGCUGGAGAUGCUGCUGGCCAUGGAGACGAAGCUGCAGCUGCUGGAGCUGGAGAACGUGCCCAUCCCUGACCAGCCACCCCCCGUGCCUCCCCCUCCCACCAACUACAACUUCUGCUACGACUGCAGCAUCUCGGAGCCCUGAGGCCAGCGGGAGGCCAGCGGGAGGCCAGCGGGAGGCUGGCCCGAGGCCUGGAGGGGGCGGCUUCUGCUCUGGGGCCUCUCCCCCAUCCUGUUAACUUACUGGAACGAGCCACAGCCUCCCCUUCCCCACCCACCAGACCUGCUGCUAUGAGGGUGUUGGGGCGCCUGCCCCAGGGAGUCACUACUGAGAAAUAAAGGCUGCUCGAGCCCUG